UAAUAGAUUUCUUAAAUAUUGUUGAAAUAUUGCAUAAUUUACAUUUUGGCAAAAUUUUGAAAAUAAAAGUGUAUGUUAAAAAUCAAAGAUACGGCCACACUGGUCGCCCACCACUAAGCAACAACAAGACCAACACCAACAACAUCAGCAGUGAAAAGUCGGCAGAGAAAUGCAACUCAAAGUUAACUAAAUUUACAGCGUAAAAACAAACAAAGCAUAAACAGCACAACAAAAGGCAAUACAAACAAACGCGGCACACACCAAACUGCAGCAAACAACACGGAAAGGAACAAACUAGUUCGAGUGUGUGUGGCACAAUUUAAAUGGCCAAUGGCAAUGGGAACAACAUCAAUACGGACGAUGCUGCGGCAGCUGCUGCUGCUGCAACAACGGCAACAGCGAUAUCAACAACGACAGCAACAACAGUACAACUUCAGCAACAAUUGACAGGCGACGGCAUUGGAGCCUGCGGCGAUGCCAAGCAAACAGCAGCAGCAGCAGGCACCCGAGUCAAUGAUCUGGUUGCGGAUUUGUGGCUAAAUGGAAGCAACAGCAGCAGCAAUCGGGGGGAUUACACAAACAUUAGAGCCACAACUGCAACAGCAGCAGCAACAACAGCUGCCAGCAACAGCUCAGCGGCGUCUUCAACCUUCUCCUUUAAGCAUUUCCUUAACAGCAGCGGCACAGUCACCGCACCCAGCAGCACAGUCACCUCAUUGGAUGCUACCACAGCAACAUGCGGAUCGAGUGUCGCCAGCACAACGACUGCGCUGCAAACAUCAACGGGCGCCAGGCCGAAGGUGCCACAAUCGGCGUCUGUGAGUCACAUGCAACCGGAUUUGAAUGGCAGCUGCAACAGCAGCAGCGCCGCCUCCAAAAUGAAACGUUCGCCACGCUUCAGUUCUUUCGACUCGCAGGCGAGUCUGGCGGAGUAUGCGGCAUGUGGUAGCAACAGCAGACUGCGUCCCGAUCUGCGAUUGGAGGUGGAACGCAGCGGCGUUGUGUUGCACCACAACGAUGACGCCGAUGAUGAUGAUGAUCAUGUGGGCUUGGCACAGGUGCGCAACAGUCGCCUCUACGAUGAGCGUGUGGACGAUGAUAUCUUUCCAUCGGCUGCCUCCAAUCUUCAUUCGGGCAACUCGCGCUACGUACCCCGCUCCUACUCCAGCUACGAUAUGCCGCCACCACAGUCAACAUCGUCCUCUUCGUCGCCACGUCGUCGUCCUGCCUUGCGUCCCAAUCGCUUAGUGCUCGCUACGGCACCCAAAAUGAAGCUCGAUUUGCCGCUGGACACGUCAAACGUGGCGGCUGCAGCGUCCUCGGCGCUACCCGAUUUUGUGCAGGAUCAUUUGCCAGAUGCGUGGUGUCAGGCUGCUGAGCCGCAUCUCAGCGCAUCGCCACCCAACUCACCCCUAGGCGCUGCUGAGGCGCCCAGCUGCAGUGGUGCCAUCGCAGCUGCUGCUGGGGCUGCUGUCAAUCCUCUACAGCUACCCAGCGCAGGUUUAUCUUGCUCGGCUGUUUUGCCUGCUGGCAAUGAAGCUGGCGGCGGUUCAACCGGCAAAAUGCUGCCCGACUUUCUAUCCGAUGGCCCCAUUUUGCACUCAUCACAGCGACUGGCAGAUGUGGCCAUCGGGCUGCCCUCCAAUUCCAUAGAUUCACCGCCACAGGAGUCAGAUGGCAGCAGUCUACAGCUGUCGUCGCUGCGCCAGGAGAACGAGCGACUCCAGCGUGAACUGCAAGAGACGCGCGUCGAGCUGAGCAGCCAAACAAGGCGAGCACACGACUGUGAGCAGCAGCUGCUCGCCUUGACGGAUGCCCGGCGUCGGGACACAUUGGCAGCGGCAGCGCACACACAAACCACCCAACGCUUAAGGCGACAAGUGGCCCAACUUGAGGCGGAAUUGUUUGCUCUGCGAGAUGGCGCCGGCAGUGAACAGUUGCUGGGUGGAGGAGCUGCAGCGGGAGCGGGUGCAGCGCCAGUGAUGACGCCGGGCAGCAGUCACAGCCACAGCAGCAGCGGUGGCAGCAACACAUCGCGUCCGUCCAGAACUCAUCAAUUGUCGAGGGAUUUGCUGCGAGCCGCUGACAAUGCCGAGCAGAACUUGAGGCAAUUGUUGGCGGGCGUGGAUAAUCUGCGACAAAUGGCCGCCAAUCUGGAUCAUCCAUCGACGACGACGCCUCGAAGUCCCCAUAGCGAUCCGUACACCGAUUUUAAUUGAUAGCCAGAGUUGUUGAUCAUUAAAUGAUGAUGCCGCUAAUGAUAAUGCUAAUUGCUAAAUGAUAAUGUGCAUAAUAACCGUUUUUAGAAUUGUGCAAAUUGUGCGUGCUUUUUACUCCCAAAACAACAAAAUUUCCUCCCA